AUGGAUUCAAACUUAGUUCCUAGAAUUAGAUGCAAAAUUCCAUACCCAACAUACUUUAUCAGUCAUGGUGCUCCAACUAUAAUUCAAGAAACUAACGAUAAUUUGGCAACUCUUGAAGCUAUUAAAUCACUUAAAACUAUUGGUUCCACAAUUACUAAUGAUUUGAAACCUGAUUAUAUCAUUGUGGUUUCUGCUCAUUAUCAAUCAUCUUCAAGAAAUUUGAUUGAAAUUUCCAUUAACAAAGAUACAGAUCAUGAAAAUAAGCUAGUCUACGACUUUUACGGGUUUGAUAGGAGUUUUUAUACUCAAAAAUUCGAAUCUCGUAGUAAUGUUAUGGUUGGAUGUAUGUUAUAUGAUCAAUUGAAGAAGAAUGGAUUUGAGGCUAAGAUCUUUGAUAGAGGUAUUGAUCAUGGAGUUUGGUGUCCCCUCAAAGUUAUGUUUGGUGAAAAAUUGGAUAUUCCUUUAAUUCAAGUUUCCUUACCUUAUAGUGAAGAUUUUGAUGAGAGUUACAAAUUGGGAAAGACUUUGAAAUUCUUCAGAGACAAUUUGAUCUGGGAUGAAACUUCUAAGUCUGAUUUAAAGGGUUUAGUCAUUGCUUCAGGAUCUUCUGUUCAUAAUUUAAGAGACUUUAGAUUAUAUUCAUCAAAUAAUAGAUUACCUUAUGUUGACAAAUUUCAUAAGCUUAUCGACGAAACAUUCCAAAAGUCUUCACCAUUAACUAUCUUAGAGAACUUAAAGAAUUUCAAGAAAGAUAGUAAUUAUAAACAAUUAUUAUAUCAAGCUCACCCUACUUUAGAACAUUUCUUACCUUUAGUUGUUGCUGCUGGUACUGACGAUGGUAAGAAUGAAUUCAACAAAAUAUCUUCAUCAGGUGUUUUAGCAUUAGGGUAUGGUUAUUAUCAAUUUGGUACAUGGGAUGAACCAAAGAAGCAAGAAGUUUAG